UAUUACAAUUAUCUCGACGACCCGACAUCCCUAUGAGUCAUGCGCGCUCCAGCCCGCUAGUCAAGUUUUUAUCGCCAGUUUCAAGUUGUUCGCUCGUUUAAUUUUGUUAUAUUCGCGUAAUCGCGUUUAAAUCCUGUUAGAAGCCGACGGGUUUCUGCCUUCUCAUCACUGUUCGUUUCGUUUUUUUGUUGUUAUUGCGUCGUUUCCACGGCGACCUGCCCUCGAACACCGUCAACUGUCAAUUCGCUUUCGAAACUAGUGGUUUUUAUCCGUGGUGAAAGUGUUUUUUUUUUAAAAAUCAUUUGUUCUCACAUCCGUCGGACCACAGUAUCGACGAUCGAAAAUGUCCUCGCAGCCAUGUCUUGCAUAACUCAAGAUAGUGUUUACAAUGUUCAAUUUGUUUGUUGACAAAUUAUACCUGAAAAAAAUACAAAUUUAUUUGACCAAUCAUGGACGGCGUGGACGUACAACGACUUUACAGCCCAGUUUCAUUGUUACCUAGACGUUUGAAUUUCAGUGACUCUGAUGAAACUUGUCUUAUUGCUGCCAACACACAAGAUUCUCCUAAAACACCACCUAAUCAUUUACAUUAUAUUCCACCCAUAACACCUGUCAUUCGUAAACAUCGAUCUACAAUACCAUUGAGAUUUGUUGAUCAUUUAGCUUCACCUUCAAAAGCUGAUUCACCUCAAAAAGAUGAAGUAUCGUAUUCACCUCCUAUAAAGAGAAUUUGUGUUCUUAAAUACGAAGAAGGUAUAUUGGAUAGAUCACAAUGUUCUGAAAAAUCUAAAUUAUGUGAAAAUAGGAAUUCAUGUCAAUUACUCAAUGAAUCUACAGUAUCUAAACAUAAAAAAAUUAGCAUAAACCCGUUCUCUCCAGCAGCAACUGACUUACGGUUAAAAUGGACAAAUAACAAUAACAAUAAUAAUAAUAAUGAAUCAUCAACACUUGACAACUGGUCUAAAGAUUUAACAAAUGUUGAGCUAACUGAUCUUAAAGUAUCCAGGUAUUCUAAAGAAUUUAAAGUAGAAGAUCUUAUUGGAAAAGGAGAUUUUGGUGAGGUUUAUAAAUGUAUUAACAUGCUAGAAGGACUGCCAUAUGCUAUUAAAAAAACACUUAAAAAAGUAGUUGGAACUAGACGAGAAAAUUAUGCACGUAAAGAGAUAUAUGCUAAUGCUGCCUUAAGUAGUCAUCCAAAUAUAGUUGCUUAUCAUUCUGCAUGGAAUGAGAGUAAUUCAAUUUUUUUACAACUUGAAUAUUGCGAUGGUGGAAAUCUAGAUGAAAUGAUAUUUACCAAGCACCACAAUUUCAAUAAUGCUGACAUCGAGCGUUUAUUAUCUCAUUUAGCAAGUGGCCUUCGAUAUAUGCAUAUUUCAAAAAUGGUACACUUAGACAUCAAACCUGCAAACAUCAUGAUAAGUCAUUCUAAGCUCAUGAAAACAGAUGAAUAUGAUAGAGAUAUAAUUUACAAAAUUGGUGAUCUUGGUCAUGCAGCGCAUACAGACAAUUUAAGUGAUGUGGAAGAUGGCGAUGGGCGAUAUUUACCUAAAGAAAUGUUAAGUGGAAAAUAUGAUAGUUCAACAAUAAUGAAAGUUGAUAUAUUUUCAUUAGGAAUGACUGCAUAUGAAGCCAUUUCAGCUUUAAGAUUGCCAAGUGAUGGACCAGAAUGGCAUUUUUUAAGAGAUGGAUUUGUACCAGAUAUAGAAAAUUUUGGAUUAAGUUUGCUUAUAGCAAAUAUGAUUGAUCCAAAUCCUCUUAAUCGACCAAAUGCUAUUGAUGUAUGCAAUAGUGUUACGUUAAAAAUGUCGGAAUCAGCUGAGAUCUCUUCUUUACAAUUUAAAAAGGAAUAUUUAGCCAGUUGUAGAAAAACACAAUCUGCAAAAUGUUUCUCAACUACAAAAUCUACCACUACCUCUAAACGAGUCUCGAUGGCUUUAAGCACAUGGCAUAAGCGGCGUCUGGUUGGACAAAAAUCGAAGCGGUACUAUUCAUUUUGAAAGUACAAUAUUGUAACUUACUUAACUCUGUUUUUUCUAUGUUUAGAUUGUAACUUGAACUCUGUGAUGAUAAUUAUAGUUUUUUUUUUUGUAAAAAGGGUCUCAAAUUAUUUUUUUAUAAAAAGUUUGUGAAUUUUUUAUUGUAUACGUUUUAUGAAAAUAUGUGAUUUUUCUAUAGUUACGCUAGUUAUAAAUAACAUAAGUUAUUUGCGGCAUGAUAAACAUUUCUUCGUCACAAGCUGUGAUACAGCACUCUUUAAUAUUAUACUUAAUGUUUUAUUAUUUUUGCUCAGUGUGCAUACAAAAAGAAGUUGUCAUAUUGUCAUUAUACUUCUGAAAUUAAUUUCGGUUUGCAAUAAAUAUUGUUUAAAAUUGUAUAAUUACAAAACUAUUAUUAAAGUCCUUAAAGUACAGAAAUAAAGGCAAAUUUAUUAUUUAAAUCUCUAACUUUAAGUAUUUAAUGAAUUACAUAUUAAUAUUAAUUUUUAAACCUUCUAAUAUAACAACUAAAUUCAAAUAAUAUAACAACUAUUGCUGUUUUACAUUUACAGCAUUAGAUACAUUAUAUUUUAAUAUUAAAUAAUUAAAGUGUAAUGUAUAUGUUAUGUUUAUAUUUCAUCAUGUAAAAAGUAUAUCUAACUUAAAUUCUUGUUUACAAAUAGUUUUGUUUUUAAUAAUUUUGAUAAUUUUUAUUAAUAUACUGGCCGAAAUGAUUUUUAAUAUAAAAU